AUGUCCAAAGUGGCUCCAAAUGACAGGAAAAUACCAUCAAGACAGCGCAUGGUCAAGCUGACCAAUCAAAGACCUAAUGCUAAAGCUACAUUCCAAUCACAAAGCUCGUCUACAGAAACAAUAGUAUCUGAAAAAGAUACACCUCCAUACCUUCAACAGCUCAUAAAAAAGAUAUUUUAUCCAAAUUCACAAUGUAAUGAAUACAAAGAUGCAUUACCAGCACUCACAUCAUCUUCCGAAGUUGAUCUUCAGUUAUAUUCACUCAUUGGUUUACUUUUCAAACUAUUUGUUCAUAGUUGGUAUCAGAGACUCACAGAUGAUCAUGAAUUUCUAGAUGAAAUAGUUGAUAUAACUGCACAUAUUACAAGAAAUUUAGAAACAAGGCUAAAAAGGGUCGAUUUAACUCAAUUGUUGCUGGACGAUGUACCCUUGAUACUUAAUGAUCACUUGGAAGCUUACAGAAAGAUCCACGAGGAGUUGGGUUCUAGAUUCUUACCAGAUGAGACAAUGGAUAAAGCUAUGGAUCAUAUAUAUAACCAUUUUGCAUUAAUGGAUGAUGAUGAGACUGUUGAAGCUGAUUAUUUGAAAGUUUUGUCGAAAAAUGUGUUGAAAUACCUGCUGCCUCAUGAUGACUUGAAUUCAACAUUGGUUGAAGAAUUUAUGAAAAGUGUGUUGAGUGACUUAUUGUUGAAGAAUAUAAUAGAAAAGAUUAUACAGCCUUAUCAGAUAUUUGAGAUAAUAUCAAUUGCAUGUGAAUUCCUUGUGGAUCAAGAUGGUGGGAACGAGGUUAAGGAGGAUGACAGAAAUGGAUUCAACAAUAUUCAAACAUUUUUUUCUCAAGUAAUAGAUUUGGUUUCAAAGACUAUAUUUGUUAGUGAUAAAAAGAGGCCAACAUCUGUGAAUGUCUAUUCUUUAAGCAUUUUCUCGUUUCUUAACAAUUUAUUCCAAAUUAAUAACACCAGACCUGUUCUAUAUGCAUUUAUCAAAUCAACAACACCAAUUGCCUCACAAGCACCAGUGAAUGAUUUGCUUAACAACUUGAUACAAAACACAUUAGUUAAAUCCUUGCGAAAUGAAUCUUUGAUUGCUUUAAUCAUUCAAAAAUUGAGAAAUAAUUUGUUCCCAAGUGAUGAUGAGAUGGGACCUCCAAGAAUAGUGCCUGACCUUGAAGAAUUUGAGAAAAUUAGGAAAACAACAAAAGACAAUCUCAAGUCCGUAUGUAACAAGUUCAAGCUUUUAUCCAACUUGGUUAUUGCCAGUGAGUCAGAACUCGAUGAUACUCUGGAUGAUUUCUUGACAACUUUUGAAAAUAAAAGAAUGAACAAAAAUUUGAUUUACAGGAUACUUGAUUUGAUAGUCAUAAAAUUAAUUCCUGAACUAUGUGGUAUGCAGUUAUGA